CUAAGUUUGUCAAUUCGUACGGAAGGUGCUCGUGCAUCUUUCUGUGUACAGUGUAGAAUCAUGACAAGGGUGAGGCAUCCGCAACGGUCCGUGAGCCUGGUAUGGCCUGUGCGUCUUGACGCUGCUGUCUCUAUCAACCUAUGUAAGAUAGGCGCUGCCGUCAUAUCGUUAUCUGUGUACAGUGCCGCGAGAGUGCGUGUACCUUCGGCACGACGCAUGGAGCCGCUCACGGGAUGUCAGCUCCAACUCCUUGAGUCAGCAGUGCCAUGCCUCAAGUGAUGGCGGAGGCGAACAAAGCUAAAGGAGGCCACGGCGACGGCAGCCGUCGCAAUACCACUAAGUAUCUGCUAAGUCGCAGUGACAAUGGCUACGUACCCGAAUCGUCCCUUGUUCCGCAAUGGCCCCCUCGUCAGUGCCAUCGGUUUCGGGGCCAUGGGAAUCGGUUCAGUGGUUUAUGGGUCUGCCGAUCAAGAGGAGGCUCUGAGGACGCUUACCUACGCAGCAGAUCGUGGCAUCACGUUCUGGGAUACUGCCGACAUGUAUGGGACCAGCCAGGAAGUCAUUGGAAAGUGGUUCGCCGAAACGGGAAGGCGUUCUGAAAUAUUCCUGUGCACAAAAUUUGGAGCGAUGGACCUCACCCCUGGAAUCCCGGACAGCACCAAGCCGAACAGCAAGCCGUCCUACAUAUCUCGCCAGGUCGAGAAUUCUCUGAAGGAUUUGAAGACUGGAUGGAUAGAUUUGUACUACCAGCAUCGUGUUGAUCCCGAGGUUCCAGUCGAAGCGGUGAUGGAAGCCCUCCGUCCGUAUGUUGAAAGCGGCAAGAUCAAGUAUAUUGGCUUGAGCGAGAACAGUAUCGACCACUUAAAGCGAGCAAAAGCCGUCCCAGGCGUCGGCGAGAAGGUUGUAGUUUGCCAGAUGGAGUACAGCCCCUUCGAGUUGGGGAUCGAGCACAAUGGCUUCGUCGCUGCUGCUCGGGAGCUUGGGAUCGGUGUCGUCGCAUACGCCCCUCUUGGUCGAGGCAUGAUGACUGGCCGCUUCAAAUCCCGCCACGACUUCGCCACCACUGACAUUCGUCACGCAUGGUUGCCUCGUUUCUCCGACGAGAAUUUCCCAAAGAACCUCGAGCUCCUCGAUAAGUUCCGGGAAGUGGCGAAGAAGUACGACGCAACGGCAAGCCAGGUGGCCCUUGCUUGGAUUCUAGCGGAGCACCCAGACUUCAUUCCUAUUCCUGGGUCUAGCAGCGUCUCGCGCCUCGAAGAGAACGCCAAAGCUGCGGAGAUAACGCUGGCACAGGAGGACGUCCAGAUUCUUCGCGCCGCGGUGGAGGCCGCUGAUGUUAAAGGUGGUCGGUACCCCGAUAAUUACAAGAUAGCUGUCGAUAGUGUGGCGUUGAGCGAGUGGAAGGGCGAGUCGGCCUGAAGGGCGCUGGGGUUACUGUCCGAGGCAGUGGUGUCCCUGAUCACUUGUCACGUUUCUAUCUAGCGCGCUCUUAUGUCGCGCAUUGCGAUCAUGAAACAUGCAUGCCAAAUGACGACGCUGAGCAAUGGACAAAUGCCAGUGGGCUCUUCUGCAGCGGUCUACUUCGAGAAUCGAGCUUGUCAUAUUGAUUUGAAGCUAGAUUUCUAGGUGUAUACUUCCAAUAUACCUCGACCAUGAAUCACCAGUCGGGAUACAACAUCUAAUGCUGAACCUUAACGACCGUGCCA